AUGCAUAUUAGAUUCUGUGAAAGAAAAGUAGUAGCUUCCUCUCUAUUUCAAGUGCAUCCACAAGUGGAACACAACAACAACGGCGAUGAUCGUUUACUGCAUCCAAUGGCGUGUGCUUCUCCUUUCCUAUUGCCAACGGUGUCACAUUGCAUUUUCUACGAAUCCGAAGGCUCGUGUGUACGUGAACAAUGGCCUCUAUUUUCAAGUUAUUCAUGCUGGCAACAGCUUCUCAACCAAACUCGCAAUCUCAGCAAAGAUCAUGCAGCUUUGAGUGAGGUGUACUCCACUCAUCUUGUCAGCAGACUGUCCCAAGUUAUGGAAGAUGUCCAAAGAAUAUACAGGAGGUGCCGAGAGAUUGGAUAUGAAACACAUGAAGAAAUUUUGAGGGUGUUGCACGAGUUACACACUACCAUGAAGACAUACCAGAGCUACCAAGGAGAAUGUAAACAAGCAGAAACAAAACUGAGGGUUGCGGAGAAUCAAAGACUCAAACUUGAACAGAGUAUGCCUCGAGAAAAAUUAGACCGAUCCAAGAAGUACCGUCUCAUUGAAAAAGAAGUUCAGAAGCGUAAAAAUAAGUAUAAUGAUGCCAAAUUGAAGGCCCUGAAAGCUCGUAAUGAGUACAUGCUUUGUCUUGAAGCAUCAAAUACAACAAUUCAUAAGUAUUUUGUAGAUGAUCUUUCAGAUCUUAUUGAUUGUAUGGAUUUUGGUUUUCACAACUGUAUUUCAAGGGCAUUAUUGAUGCAUGUAUCUGCUGAAGAAGGCCAGCAAAAAUCUGUCCAAGCUGGUCUUGACCAAAUGACUUCAUGUGUUUCUAGUCUUGAUUCUAGACUUGACAAACAACGAUUUUUGGAGUGUAACCACACUGCUUUUAUGAUUCCCAAAAAGUUUGAAUUUCAAGGACAGAAAGAAGAUGGUCUGGACACAGAAUUACAGAAAAAUUUGAGAGAUGAACUUGAAAAUAGGCUACUUCAGUUGCAAAAUCGUGUGACUUCACUGCGUGCUGAAUCAGAGGAAGUAUGGAAAACUUUGGAAACAGCAGAGACAACUCUGUUAGAUAUGCUCAAUGCCAGAGAUUAUGACUGCAGUGGAUAUUUUGGGGAGGGAGCCAUUCCUGCUCAUAAACCACCAGAAACAGUGUCAAUUAAAUUGCGUGCCGAUCGUCAAGAAACUGAAGAAUUUUAUCUUACUAAAUUUCGUGAAUACAUUCUUGGUACUAGCCGAAUAGCAAGAUUAGAUUCAAAAUAUGAACACAUUCGGCAAACGUUGCUGGAAGCAGCUGGUGAUUCUCCAACAUCUCUAAAAGGCCUCCAGCAGUGUAGUGGCCAAGCAAAUAAGCCGCCAAGGCGCAAGAGAAUAGGUCGUUUGCAAAAGAAUGGCCAACCUAAAUUGUUUGGAGGAAGCUUGGAAGAAUAUUUAGAAACAACCAAUCAAGAGAUCCCUUUGAUAAUGAAAAGCUGUAUUAGAGUUAUUAAUCUGUAUGGUCUUCAUCACCAAGGCAUUUUCAGAGUAUCUGGUUCGCAAGUUGAAAUUAACAAUUUCAGAGAAGCAUUUGAACGGGGAGAGGAUCCCCUAGCAGAUGUGACUGAUGCAUCUGAUAUUAACUCGGUUGCUGGAGUUUUGAAACUUUAUUUGAGAGAACUGAGGGAACCAUUUUUUGUUUUCAUAUAUGAGAAGAAAAACAAAUUAAUUUUAGUGUUGUAUGUGAUUUUAGAACUUGAACACAAACAUGAAUUUGUGAACAAGAUGAAGGAGCUAGUCCAAAGUCUUCCAAGGUCUGUUGUUAUUGUAAUGAGAUACCUGUUUGCCUUUCUAAACCAUUUGUCUGAAUUCAGUGAUGAAAAUAUGAUGGACCCUUAUAAUUUGGCUAUCUGUUUUGGCCCCACACUGGUUCCUGUUCCUGAAGACAAAGAUCAAGUUCAAUACCAAAAUCAAGUCAAUGACUUAAUCAAAAAUAUUAUAUUGUUCAAUGAAGAGAUAUUUCCUGUUAAUGGGGGAGUUUUGUAUGAAAAGUACAUCAGUCGAGAGCCUGAUGAAAAUGAUGUUGGUGAUUCACCAUCUGACCAUGUACAAGAUGACAUGGAUUCUGAAGUGUAUCCCUCAGAAGAUGAAUCAGAAUGUUUGGAAGCAACAGCUCAAUUUGAUUUUAUGGCACGUUCUGAAAGAGAACUAAGUUUCAAAAAAGGGGAUAAUAUAGUUUUAUUCACUCAAGUUUCAAAUGACUGGUGGCGUGGAAGUGUGAAUGGUGUCGAAGGACUUAUUCCAGACAAAUAUAUUCUUCUAAAAAUGAAAGAUGAAGAUCGUGAGAAAAUAGAGCUUCUUAAGUCCAGCUCUUCUGAAGAGUCAAUGAGGAGACGAGCAUCAAGUUCUAAUGAUUCCGUUUUAUCUGGAACUUCAUCAUCCACUCAUAAUUCUCCCAUGGCUGGAGUGUCUUCAGCAACCUGGCCAGAUCCUGAACUAACUCGCAGAAGUAUUAUUAAUGACUCUUCUCCACUAAUCAGCGUUCCAACACAAGAGAGCGAUGUAUCAACUUCUCCUCGUUUGUCUAUUAAGAACAAACAUCUACAUGGCAGUAGUGACUUACUAGCUGGUAAUAAAACAGAAGAAACGUCAACUCAUUCUCGUAAUCUUUCUGGCGGAAAACUUGGAGCUGUAGAGUCGGCUCUAAAUUCUGCACAAUUGCUUGCUGCUGCUCCCAUGCACGUUGAUCCAGAAGGCCCAUCAGAGUGCAACAGAGAAGCAGAAGAAGAAGACAGAUUGUCAGUAUUCCUGGAUUCUUUACCAUCUGGUGGGGGAUCCAAGGAAAGUUCUCGCCCUGAUACUCCUGUGAGCAGUUCCAGUGAAUGUGAAAUUCCAGCAAGUCAAGAUGAAGAAGGAAAGGACACUGAAGUCUCCUUUGAAAGAAAACUUUGGGAUGGACAGGAAAUAAAUGAAUCCAUUCCUGGAUCAGUGUCAGGAAGUUCAGGAUCAGCAGUUCCUAAUACCACAUCAGAUGAGGGAGAAGAUAGAGGAGGAAGUGGCGGAAAUAUUGGUGGGGAAGGAACUAAUAUCGAUGAAGAAGGUAGAGACAAUGUUAGUUUUAAUCAAAACCGUGAGCUUUGGCAGAGACGAGCUGCUUCCUUGGGGCAAUCAGAGCCGGUGAAAACAAGUGUUAAAAGUUUUCGAUCCAACCAAGAAUUUUGGGAAAUGCGACAGAAACACACUCCUGAUUUGGUAAUGGAUCUGCCAGUGCUUAGUUCAUCUAGUCCUAAAGAUAGCGGAGGUGGAAAGAAAUCCUUAUCUGCAGCCUCUCUCUCUUCUCUCUCCUCUUCUUCAUCUUCUGGGGAAGAUGAAACCACUGUUUCAGAUACUGUAGCAAGUCCUACAACAGGACCAGAGAGUCCUGAUAUGACCACUGCUGCAGAACGCUUUGCCAAACAAAAUCAGUGUACAUUGAAAAAGAACACUAAAGCUUCACAAAGUGUUUCCAUUGAUGCACAGACUCAAACUACCAAAGCCGGUACCAAGCGUACCAAAUUUGUGACUUCAGAAAGUGGUGUAAACAACGAUAGUUCUAUUCCAUCCGAUGCAAAUGUUCAGCAAAGUGAUGACAACGAGAUAACAAAGCCCUCCAUUGAUGUCAUCAAAUCAACUCAAAAGUCUGUACCUCCCGAGUCAGAAUUAGUUCCAAUACGUAGUCCUGGGCCCCAGCGAACCACUCCUAAAUUUCCUUCGAAAUUUGGUCAUGCAACAGGGGUUCCUGUACUGCCUCUUCAAACUGGUGCAGUGUCGUCAUUCAAACCACAAGUUAAAGUCAAACCUCAGAUCUUACGAAAACCAGUAUUGCCCAUUCCCCAACCCCUGCAUGCGCAGCCUUCACCGGAGCUUGUUCGCAAAGAGAAGCCACAAGAACAAAUUAACUAAUUCCAACUGCUAGUUGGCAUUCCCAUUUCUUUCAUAAGACUGAGUAUGAUUUUUAAUGAAUUUAUCUUCAGAGAAAGUGAAAGAAGUAAUGUUUUAAAUGUUUUACACAGAAAUUUACCAUGUACUUUUAUAUGAGAUGUAUAAUGAGAUCUUGAAAGGUUUCCAGUGUUAUAUUGUGCUGUAUGCUGUACCUCCACUAAACGUCAAAUCCUCAGGGCUAAUUUUCUCUUUCUCUUAUUUGAAUAUUUUUUGUGUUGUCUUUUCACCUUUCAAUUGAUAAUUAGAUUUGUUUAUUGUUCUCUGAGAAGGCAGUAUUCAAGUGAAUGCAUUGAUUCAAAUUGUGAAAGCUUUUCUUUUAAAACAUUUUCCCUCAUAUUUGAUGAUAUAUUGAAAAUGCAAACAAUAAUUGUAAACAUGUACUUGGUAUACAAUAGCUUUGUGUCUGUAUAAAAACGUAGUCCAUUACACCAAAAUGAUUUUCACUUCAUACAUGUCCUAAUAUAAGAUCAAGUUUACAAAAAUAUUGAAGUGCCUCCCAGACUUUUUUCUAUAUUUUUGUUGUUUCAUAAAACACCUUGUAUUGUAGUGAUUUUGCUUGUCUACUCUAAAUCAACCUUAAUCAAUGAAACACAAUAUUUUAUAAUUUCUUUAUUUUGCACAUUGAAAAUGUGUGGUAACAACUAUUCCUAUUCAAAAUAUUUGAAUUGUAAAACAACACUAUGCUACCACAUACAUUAAAAGCAAGUUUAACACUUGCCACGAUAAAUAAUGUGAGUAUUACAAAUUGACACGCAUUAAAAAUUUGAACCUUUCACUCCCCCCCCCCCCUUCUCCUUGUGCUUUUACUCUGUGUAAACAUUCAUACAGUGGACAGUUAAAUGCUUGUAAUGUACAGUGAAAAUGUACUAUGAGCAAUACCAAAGGAGAACUUGAGUCUGUUCUGGGGACCAGUCUGUAGGAUAUUUUACUGUGAAAGAUCUAUGAAUUGCACCACAAAUUAGUUUAGAAGAAAAAGCAGUUACUCAUCACAGAUAAAUCUUCAGUGAUGAUGUACAACAUGUACUAGAAGUGCAGCUGAAAAUUUUGAUUGUUUUUCAGUUUAUGUUCCACUUUAAAGAGAAUAGGAAUUAAGCCACUGUGCUUCACUUUGAUGUAGGUGUUUGCAUGUUACUGAAGUUUCUGUAAUAUCGACAUGAUAUGGUCCAAGAAGGAUGAAUUGUUGUUGGAAAGAGAGAUGUAGAUACUGAAUACCCAGUUUCAAUGUUUAAGUCACUAAAGGCUAUGACAGUAUAAUUCAUCAGUCACUCUUUCGGAGAUAACUCAUUUGGCAAUUCUUGAUUCUGAAGGCAGCUGAUAAAUCUUUCUUUCAAAAAAUGUUUUUCACAUUUCUACUAUUUCCUUACACUUAGAGAAUCUCUUUAUAAGAAUUCAAUUAUUAAAUUGUGUUACAGGGUCUUUAGAUCUAACAUCUUUCUAAUUUGACUUGUCUGAAUGUAAGUUUGAUGGCAUACGUAAUGUGCAACAUAAUAUUUACAUAAGCUUGUCCCUUUUAGUAUGACAACCUUUAUAUGAUAUACCGUUGAUGGAUUUUUGAGCAAGUUACAUAAUAACUGUAAGAAACAAAUCAUAUGACAAAAAUUUCAUGCAGUUUUUAAUAAUAUACUCAUUUGUUUCACAUCAGCUAUAUAACAUAGCCAUAAAAUAAACUUUCUCACAUUUAAAAUAAUAGAACUGUCAAAUUAUAAGAAACUAAAUAGUAUUAAUUGGUUUUUAUUCCCAAAACACCAGAAAUAUGUAAUACAUCCAGGAGAAUACUAAGGUUUCAAUUAUUACUGUUAUGAAGCCACAUAAAAUAGUAAGCAGACACCUGAAAUACUGAUUUUUCGAAUGUGCUUCAUACGUGUUGCUCAAUGACUUCCUUCUCAAUUUGUAUUUGGGCAGUAUUGCUUUGUUUUCUUUAUUGAUAGAAAACAAAAAACAAAAACAAAAAAAUAAGAACUCAAGCUGAAUUAUUUUGAGUAAUAUUUU